CAAAAAAAAACAUCUAGCCCGAUAGACAUUAAUGGGCGGAUGGUUACUCAGGGAAAAGAUUAAACCGCAGUUAAGGAAGAAGUUUAAAAUAGAAAAGUAUGAUGGUCGCAGGCGAAGUUAACCAGAAUUUAAUACGUCACUUAAAGCGGUGCCUGGAAGCGUGUCAUAAAAACACAGCCAUGGAAUUUCGCAGUCACUGAAAUAAAAACUUCCAAAAGAUAGCUUCCCAUCUCUGGGAUCUCGAUCUGUUAUCGCUUGUCCUAAACCCUUCAUCCGUGUCGGCACAAUAUGUCCGAAUCAGAGUGGUCUGGCGUGACGCUGACGGACGCCGAUCCGCGGCGGCUCCGGGCAGAGAUCGAGCGCCUGUACCGGGAACUGAGCGAAACUACCCAUGAAAAGAUGCAGGCUGCAGAGUACGGGCUAGCCGUACUGGAGGAGAAGCAAGAGCUGCAACGGCGCCACGACGACCUGGAGCUGGAGUACGAAAGCAUGAAACAGGAGCUCAAUCAGCUGAAACAGGCUUUCGGACACGCUCAUUCCAACCACAGGAAGGUGACAGCGGAUGGAGAAAGCCGCGAGGAAUUGCUGCUGCAAGAGACUGCCUCAAGACAGGCAUUAUUUGAUCAACGCCAGCUGGACCUCCAGGUGGAGCUGAGGCAGCUACAGAGUGUACUCAUCAGUACCCAAGCUGAGAAUGAACGUAUGGCAGCAGUCAUCCAGGAUUUGAGGGAGAUCAACCAAGUGGGUGAUAUGCAGCGCAGUCGACUGCGCGAUGAAAUCAAGGAAUGCAAGUCCCGGGAGGGCCGACUGCAGCAGGAUUUCACAGAGCUAGAGGAGGAGAACAUUUGCCUGCAGAAGCAGGUGUCACUCCUUAAGCAGAAUCAGGUCGAGUUUGAGGGCUUGAAGCAUGAGACCCGGAGGUUAGAGGAGGACCUUCAGUUUCUGAAUGGUCAGCUAGAGAGUGCCGUACAGCUGAAUGAGAUCACUGAGCGGCAGCUGGCUGAGGCUCUGGAGACAAUCUCCUCAGAGCGUGAGCAGAAGGCUGUGCUGCGCAAAGAGCUUUCCCAGCAUCUGGGUGCCAGUUCUGUGUCCCCAUGUUCCCUGAACUUGCCCCUAGAUGGGCUCAAGGCCAAUGCUGAGGAAUCACCUGAUGCCCAUGACAGCAGCGGUAGCACGCCAGCGAACCGUGCUGAAGACACAAUGGUAGAUGAUGGGCGCUUCCGCCCUGCCCCAAGUUUGGUGGAUGAGCUACUGAAUGAGCUCAGCAUCUCCGAAAUCCAGAAGGUGAACCAGCAGCUCCUGCAGGUGGAGAGGGAGAAAGGGGCCCUCGUGAUCUCACUGCAGGAGGCCCAGGUCCAGCUCAAGCAUACCCAGCAGGAUCUAGCUGAGAAACAGGAGCAUGUGUGCCGCCUACAGGAGACUCUUAGUGCCAUGAGGAAACUUCAGGCAAGCAGAAGUCAAAAGAGGAUAGCUGAUGAAGAGCUAGAGCUUGACAACCAGCAGGAAUUCAGUGACUAUGACCUGGACUUUGACGGGCCUGAGAUCCUGGCGUGCAAGUACCAGCUGGCAGCAGCAGAAGUUGGGGAGCUGAGAGAGGAGUUGGAGGGACUGCAGGCCAGACACCGGGACGAGCAGGCCCAGUUUGAGAAGGAGAGGAUCGAGCUUAAGGCCCAGGUGCAAAUGUUGACAGGGAGGUUGUCAAGCCUAGAGGAGAGUAACCGCUCAGGCCAUAAGGAAGCAACACAUCUGGCACAAGAGCUGGAGCGCAUUAGCAGGGAGGCGAGAGAGUGGCAUGGUAACCUCAGUGUGGCCCAAGAGGAGAUGGCUGCCUUCAGUGAAGAGCUAGCCAGCCUUUAUCACCAUGUGUGUAUGUCCAACAAUGAGACCCCAAGCCGUGUCACGCUGGACUUUUACAGACAGUGUGGGGCCAGCAGCCAGGCCUCAGAACCUGAUCCAAACUCACAGAAUGAGCCUUCGGAUGUGUACAACCUGGGUGCUAUCAUCCGGAAGCAGCUGAAGCACCUCCAGCAAGCCGUGGACCGUGCUGUGGAGAUGUCCCAUCAAUGGGGAGCAGAGUCAGGGGCGUGUCUGCCAGCAGAUUGGGACCAGGAAGCCUGCAUGGAGGAGAUGCUCAAGCUCAAGGCUCUGCUGAGCACCAAGCGUGAGCAGAUAGCCACAUUGCGGGCUGUUCUGAAGGCUAACAAGCAGACUGCUGAGGUGGCCCUAGCUAGUCUGAAGAGCAAGUAUGAGACCGAGAAGGCAAUGGUGACAGAGACCAUGACAAAGUUACGCCAAGAGUUGAAGGCCUUGAAGGAGGACGCCGCCACCUUCUCUUCACUCCGAGCCAUGUUCGCAACACGAUGCGAUGAAUAUGUCGCUCAGGUGGAUGAGUUGCAGCGCCAGCUGGCAGCAGCGGAGGAGGAGAAGAAGACCCUGAACUUGCUGCUGCGUAUGGCUAUCCAGCAGAAGCUAGCCUUGACCCAAAGGCUGGAGGACCUGGAGUUCCACCAAGAGCAGUCAAGUCGGGGGGGUCGUGCCCAUGGUAGGGUGCUGACAGGGCGGGGCAGGGCUACCUCGCAUUCUCGUUAAGGUAUAGGCACCUAGAUGGGUCCUCUAACUCCAAGUGGCAGCUGACAGCUGGUCUGUCUCCACCAUGACUACUGGAACCCAAAAAAAACACAGUGCCAGGUUAUCCCGACAGAGUCACUGUUACAAUAAAUACUCAUCCAGUUCUUGAUGCCACAAGUUGUAGGAAUUUUAUGUGUACAAACAGCUGAGGACUCAUCAGGACAGUCCAUGGUCCUGAGUUUGGCCGUAAUAUAUAUAUUUUUUAGACUUUCUUGCAAUCCUUAUAAUUUUUAACAGCCGUUAUGUAGUCAGUCUUUUCAUAAGCCUGAAUCCAUCUUCAGUAUUAAUUCAGGACUGUGUUAAAUAAUUGUAGUUUUAUUGGAUCCCCUUUGUGACGUUAUACAUAACUCCCUUGCCAUUUUGGAGAUGGUCUGAUCCACUCAUCUGAGCAAAAUGAUUUGGUUGUUGUAAAAGUCACUCAGUUCUUUAUCCCAGUCCAUUUCUUCUGCAUUCAACAUUUCUACUAUAAGUACCAAAUGUUAGCUUACCAUGUAAUAUAUUCUUUAACACACACCUUUUUUUACGAGAUAUAUCAAUGGGCCAAAACGAAUUGACUAUGUGUAAUGUGAAUUUUUUGUUUUGUUUUUAUAUGGACAGUGAUGUUUGCAUAGCAUGCAAGAGUUUUCAUGUUUUCUUCAUGUGAAGUAGUGGAGAGAAGAGUGAGAUUGUACUGUGGGUGGGAUGGCAGUAACCAUACCUUAAGAAGGACAUUGCUGCCUUAGAAAAGGUGCCACGAAGAGCUACGAGAAUGAUUCCUGGUCUUAGAGGUAUGUCUUAUGAGGAGAGGUUAGCUGAGCUGAAUCUGUUUAGCCUCAAGCAAAGGAGACUAAGAGGAGACAUGAUCCAGGUGUAUCAAGAUUCUAACAGGUCUGGAUGCUGUUCAACCAAAUGGCUAUUUCAAUAUUAGUUUAAAUACUAGAACUCCUGGCCGUAAAUGGAAACUAGCUGGAGAACAUUUAAAAAUGAAUUUGAGGAAGCACUUCUUUACAAAGCGUGUAGUUGGAAUAGUCUUCCUGUUAGUGUAGCGCAAGCUGAAACCCUGGGUUCCUUUAAAUCAGAGCUAGAUAAGAUUUUAAUAACUCCAAGCUAUUAAUUAAGUUCUCCCCAAACAAUCUUGAUGGGCCGAAUGGUCUCCUCUCUUUUGUAAAUUUCUUAUGUUCUUCAGUUCUGUUACCUUUGUGAAAGUGAUACAUAUUUACUGACACAUAACAGCUUACAGGAGCUAUGCAAAUGCUGAACUGGUGCUCUUACCUUCCUGAAAUUUGUUGUGUAUUUUAAUUUCAAACUGCACACAGGGUGAAAUUAUUUACAUGUAUAUCACUAAUAGUAAGUUGUCACAGAAAACUCUACAAAGAGCAAGUUGAGGGAGGUGUAAAGACAAUUUCCCCACGGGGAUUAAUAAAGUAUUAUUAUUAUUAUUAUUGUCUUUCACUUGUUUUAUGAACAAAACGAUAUAUUUUUUCUAAUUUUACCCAGUGUUGAUUAUUAUUGUCAAUGGAAAAAAUGGGAAUUUGGCAGUAUGUCUUACUAUAGUCACAAUACUACAUAGCUAUGAAGACUUUUUGUAAUGUAGCAAUUAAGAAAACUGACAUACCUGCAAGGUUAAUGUAAAUAUUAAGUAUUUUGAAAGCAAUCGAUGAGUAUUACUCUAAAAAUGGCCAUUGUCAGUGGAGAAAAAUUUAGUUCAGCAUAAUUUAUAUUCAUACUAGAUCUCUAAAGAUCACUUUUGUCAGAUUAUUACAUUAUUAAAUCAUAUGAAUCUAAAUUCCAAGUGCUGUUACAGAAUUGUGUUUAGGAUUCUGAAAAUGGGUAGCAUGGUGGCGCAGUGGUUAGCACUGUCACCUUGUAACUCUGAGACCUGUGGCCUGUACUAUGAAGUGGUGUUACUGGCUUAUCGGGGUAACUUGUCGGAUUUAAGGUACCACAGUUUAA